AUGGUUCGCGUUAAGGCUCGUGACCUUCGUGGCAAAAAGAAGGAGGAUUUAACGAAGCAGCUGGAUGAACAGAAAACCGAAUUAGCUUCUCUUCAGGUAGUUUCAUUCGUUUUCUGUCCUCUUUGUUCUUGUCGUUGUGUCUACGAAAAUACGUUGAGUACUACCGCUAAAUUUACAUUGACUGUCACUAAUGUCAAGUAG